GGGAGGAGGCCGAGAAGCUGGAGGUGCAGGUGAUGGAGACUCGCAAGACCAAGCUCGGGGCCGAUCACCCAGAUACGCUGUCGAGCAUGGCCAACCUCGCUUUUACUUGGAAAAGUCAAGGUCGACACGCUAAUGCUUUAGCUCUGAUGGAGGAUUGUACCCAGGCUCAGCGGCGGAUUCUUGGCCAAAAGCAUCCCGAAACGCUAUCGUCUUUGGCCACCGUUGCAAAGUGGAGUAGCUAGGGUGGGCUUUAUUAUUACUUUGUACGUAUUUAGAGGAUUCUUCUAAAUUUUCUUAUGAGACGAGUGAUACGUAUAGUAUGUACUAGACAGUAUUGUAGAUUAUGUAAGGAAAAGGACACCCCAAACACCAACUGCGCGCACAGGGUGCGCGCCCACCACUUGUCACCAACUGGCUAGAACACUGC